CUGCAGUUUUGUAAGUCGUCGACUCAAUGAGCUGACAGGCCAUAACCCCCUAUGGAAGAGACUUUGUCAGAAGCACUGGCUCCUUACAGAGGCAGACAAAAACCACAGAGGCCUGGCAUGGAAGGAGCUGUUUCGGGAGUAUUAUGCUGAUCUGGGCCGUUAUAUUGACGAUUACAGCACUCUCAAGAAAGCCUGGGAUGAUCUGAAGAACUACCUGAAUCAGAAAUGUCCCCGAAUGAUAGCUUCACUUAAAGAGGGAGUGAGGGAGGAAGAGCUAGACACCAUUGAGGCCCAGAUUGGCUGCAAACUCCCUAAUGACUACCGUUGCUCCUAUAGGAUACACAAUGGACAGAAACUUGUGGUCCCUGGGCUGAUGGGCAGCAUGGCUUUGUCCAAUCACUAUCGCUCAGAGGACCUGUUGGAUAUUGAGACAGCAGCGGGGGGAUUUCAACAGAGGAAGGGAAUGCGGCAGUGUCUUCCACUCACAUUUUGUUUCCACACUGGCCUCAGCCAGUACAUGGCCUUGGAGAGCACAGAGGGACGAACACGCAGUGAAAUCUUCUAUCAAUGCCCGGAUCAACUGGCUCAAGAUCCCUCUGCAAUUGACAUGUUCAUUACGGGUCCUAACUUUACUGAGUGGUUUACUUCCUAUGUUGACAAUGUUGUAACAGGAGAAUACCCCAUCAUUCGGGACCAGAUCUUCAGGUAUGUUCAUGACAAGCGCUGUGUGGCAACCACUGGUGACAUCACAGUAUCGGUCUCUACCUCCUUCCUGCCAGAGCUCAGUUCAGUCCAUCCGCCACACUUUUUCUUCACCUAUAGAAUCAGGAUUGAGAUGGCAAAGUCUGCCCUGCCAGAGAAUGCAUGCCAGCUAGACAGUCGGUACUGGAAGAUCACAAAUGCAAGCGGAAAUGUGGAGGAGGUCCGUGGCCCUGGUGUUGUGGGCGAGUUUCCAGUGAUGACACCCGGUAAAGUUCACGAGUACGCCAGCUGCACCACGUUUUCCACCACCUCUGAGUACAUGGAAGGCCACUACACAUUCCACCGGCUCAAGAACAAAGAGGAAGUGUUUGACGUUUCAAUCCCACGCUUCCACAUGGUGUGCCCACCAUUCCGUGAAUCAAUGGUGCGGUCGAGCUCAGUCAGUGAGGUGUCUGCUCCUUAUGAUGAUGAGAAUUCAUCAGACCCAGAUGACUAUGAGGAGGGAGAAAUGCGUGGCAUGAACAUGGCUGACCCAGGAGGACGCUGCCCUCGGCAUGUCUGAUGCACUUUUACAUGUCCCCGGCCAACACCCGCCCACAGAUACUGAUGCACAACAAACUCACACAAACGGGAGAGCAGGAGGACAAACAGAGCUUUUAGGCAUCCAUUGUUUAUUGUACAGCGCUCUUGUGCCUGUCACCUCUUGAGCGUUUUCUCCAGUUUCUGUGGCCAUGUGUCUGGUUGUGGCAUGUCUGUGUCUGUGCACGUCUGGACGUGUGAGAUCAUUGUACGUGAGUUUGAGUCUGCAAGUGUGGUUUGUGAUUGAGUGAGAGUGCGAGAGUUUAUUGAAUGUGUGCGAGAUUCUGUGAGAUUGACUCUUUUUGCCUGGGUUUCACAAUUACCUGCAACUUACCUAAAGGGAUGGUUCAGCCCAAAUUGAAAAUUGGAAUUUACUCACCCUUACGUUGUUCCAAAUCUGUAUGUCUUUCUGUCUCCUGUAGAACACAAAAGAAUAUAUGAGUAUAUUUUGUCCAUGCAGUGAAAGGAGUCCAUUGUUGUUUUGAACCCACUGACUUUAAAUUUAUGGACCAAAACAGUUUUUCUUCAAAAUAUCUUCGACAGUAGACAUGAUUGGUAGAAGUAAGACCAUCAAACAGGUUCGGGAUGACAUGGGGGUGAGUAAAUGAUGACAAAAAAAAUUCAUUUUUGCCUGAACUAUCCCUCUAAAAACUUACAAUUACAGAGCACGAGUAGAAAUUAUGACACUACUAUUAGCAGAAAAGUACACGCACACUGAAUUGGGAAUACUCGCUGUGUGUGUAUAUAGAUAUAUA